AUGGAGAACCGACGUUUCCCAGAGAACUGUACAUGUUUUCUGGAGCGCGACCUCGCCAACAAGAUCUUGUCCAAGGCGGAGCAAGCCGAUGUCGUUCACACCAUCCAGAGCUUAUACGAGCCAAGAAUAGGCUUCCGUACCAUCCAAAAGAUGGUCAAUGGAGUUCCUCCUGAUGGCCGAAUGCGCACCUGGGGAGCCUUCAGCGCCUAUCGCAUCGCCUGUUUCCCCAGACACACGGCACCAUUUUCUCAAGACUCCUUGUCGAAAAGCCAUCAACUGUGGGCGUUGUACCAAGACUUAUGGAAGCGAAGUCCAACCUGUUUAACGCUUAUGUUACUGUUGGAUCGGCUGCCGCCGCAAAUUCAAGUAACAAAGAUUGUAUGCUUUGGUCUCGGCGCGCUCUUGCCUAAUGUCUGUCGGACGUGUCAGGACUGCCAGCGUAGUCCUGAUUGCCAGGCACACAGGUCAAUAAGGUCGAGGACUUUUACACAACAUGCCGCUGCUGUCAGCAUGAUGCAAAAGUUGCGCCAGCAAACUCCUCACCUAGAAUUCUACUCGCAGGAACCAGAAUAUUCUCCAGAAUGCAGAGUUAUUUUGAACCAAAUGGGCAUCCGUGUUCUCGAUGGACACAGAGGUUUCCUCGAAGUUGACGACAAGACACUUGUUUUUUCGAUCAAACCGGCAGUUCCCGUCAAGCAAAUCAUCACCGAGUUGGCAAGGCCAGCGAUGAUAAUCUGGGAUGCUAUGGGUGGUGACGAGAAAAACGAUGAUGAAAGGAACCCAGACAAGUGGCAGUUGUGGACUCAAAAUAGUAAGCGAUUGUGGCACAGUCCCUUUGGAGUCGACCCUGAUUCAUCACGGACGAGGAAAAUGUUGGGCGAGGAAUACAUCGAGUGUCCGUUUCUCGGAGACAGGUUGAACUUUGGACAGCUUGAUAUCCAUAUACGACGGUCAGCCAGAGCAAUACUAGGUGGAAGUGCUCCCCAGACGCCCUCCUCUGAGGUUUCAUCUGCUCUAUAUUGA